AAAAAAAAAAAAAACAUAUUAAUAAAAAUAUGAUUUUGUUGGCGACCUAGUCCGGGAAGGGAAGGCCUUUUUCAGGUGCGUUUCUGUAGGCCCCCAUGAAAGCGUUUUAAGAAUCUCAAAUCCUCAUCUCCUCAUAUUUUUCUUUCACUUUACUUUGGUUUCAGCGCUUUAUAAUCAUACCUAUAUAAUUUACCCUUCCUUCAUAAUAAUCACUCUCUCCUCCCAGUCUCUUUCCCUCAACUCUCUCUUUCUCUCUCUCUCUCUCUCUCUCUCUCUCUCUCUCUCUCUCUCUCUCUCUCUCUCUCUCUCUCUCUCUCUCUCUGGACAUCUGCGGACAACCAUGAUGGCAAUGGAGCAAAUCUUAUCCGAGCUAAAUGGCGAAGAGUUAAACGAGCAGGGAUUGCCCCCAGGGUUUCGGUUCCACCCUACUGAUGAGGAACUUAUCACAUUUUACUUGGCUUCAAAGGUUUUCAAAGGCAGCUUCUGCGGGGUGGAGAUUGCUGAGGUAGACCUCAAUCGAUGUGAACCAUGGGAGCUUCCAGAUGUUGCAAAGAUGGGCGAGAGAGAAUGGUACUUCUACAGUUUGCGUGACCGGAAGUACCCAACAGGGCUAAGAACAAAUAGGGCCACCGGAGCUGGUUACUGGAAAGCCACCGGAAAAGACAGGGAAGUUUACAGUGCAUCCAAUGGAUCCCUACUUGGGAUGAAGAAGACGCUGGUGUUCUACAGAGGCAGAGCCCCGCGUGGAGAGAAAACCAAGUGGGUCAUGCAUGAGUACCGCUUAGACGGCGAUUUCUCUUACCGCCAUGCCUGCAAGGAAGAAUGGGUUAUUUGCAGAAUAUUUCACAAGAAUGGGGAGAAGAAAAAUCCAAUGUUCCCGUGUCACGCUUAUCUCCUGGAGUCUGCUGCUGCUGCUUUAUCAUCGUCCACUACUUCCAACUCCUUGCCUCCGUUGCUCGAGACGACUCCAACAACACUAAUAGAGUGUCAAUCUCAAGCCGCAAUGCAGGCUUUCCAAAACCCUUUUCAGAUUCAUCAGCCUCCUGAAAACGACCUGAAGAGCUUCGUAAGCUCAGUCGUGUCCCAAUCCAACCUACUUUCCUCGAACGAGCAGCCCCCUUAUUCACACAAACCACCACCCCCUACCCCAUUCAACACCAUCUCCAUAACCAGCAAUAACAUAAACCCCAUUGCUAAUGCCAACAGCAACAACACGUAUACUCCGUCCGCAUCAUCAUCAUCAUCAUCACUGCUGCCAUCGAUUCUCUUCAACUCUCUCCUCUCACAUCAAGAUUCCACAGCACUACUAAAGCAGCAGCAGCAGCAACAACAGUGUGAUGUCUUUAAACAGUUCAAAGCGGAGGCCAGCUUUACAACCCAUUUCGAGCCCGCUGAGGCCAACUCAGACUUCAUGGAUAUGAUGAAGAUGCAGCCAAACCCCCCCUCUUACCAUCAACAUCCCUUGUCUUUUGAAAUGGAAUGCAGUUCACCACUAGCCGCGGCUGCUGAGGUGUCUGUUCAUGACAUAUCAACUUCAAUCGCCUUCACCAAGGCCGCCUAUCAGACAAUGUUAGAUCCUCACAUCAACGUCGUCCAUGCCCAUGGAGAAUCUUGGCCUUUAGAUGCUUAACAUCUUUUUUCGUAUUUUUUAACUUUUCGCUUACUUUUUUAGUACUCGAGUACGUGGUUGUAAACUAGUAUGCGUCUGUAGCGUAGCGUCCAAUCUGCGUGUCUGCAUGUACCAAAUAUCUCUUUAAAAUCCAUGCUUUCCCUUCUCUAAAACCCAUUAUCCACCUCUCUACGUAAGCCUUA